GUGUAUAGCACCAACAUGGCUAUUUAAGUUGCACAUGGCAUAGUCCAUAGGGUUGGUUUUUCUUCUGUUUGUGGUUUUCUUUUCUGGGUUAUGAAGAAGAGUGGUUGGUUUUGAAUUUUUGAUCCUCAAUUCUAUCAUCUUUUGGGGUGGUCACAAUUAGUGAGAGAAAGUUCAGCUGGCUUAGAGUGAGAGAGAGAGGAAGAACAUGGGGGAGGAGAAGCCUGAAGUGUUGGAGGCUGUGUUGAAGGAAGCUGUGGAUUUGGAGAAUAUACCCAUUGAAGAGGUGUUUGAGAAUCUGAGAUGUAGCAGAGAAGGUCUCACCAGUGAUGCUGCUGAGGAGAGGCUGGCCAUUUUUGGCCACAACAAGCUUGAAGAGAAGAGAGAGAGCAAGUUUCUGAAGUUUUUGGGAUUUAUGUGGAAUCCUCUGUCUUGGGUUAUGGAGGCAGCUGCUAUAAUGGCUAUUGCCCUUGCCAAUGGAGGGGGGAAGGCUCCUGAUUGGCAAGAUUUUGUGGGUAUCAUCACCUUGCUUGUCAUUAAUUCAACUAUCAGUUUCAUAGAGGAGAACAAUGCUGGUAAUGCAGCUGCAGCUCUCAUGGCACGUCUCGCUCCAAAAGCAAAGGUUCUUCGAGAUGGUAGAUGGAAUGAGCAAGAUGCCGCCAUCCUGGUUCCAGGUGACAUAAUCAGCAUCAAACUUGGGGAUAUUGUACCUGCAGAUGCUCGUCUUCUUGAAGGAGAUCCUUUAAAAAUUGACCAGUCUUCACUCACAGGUGAGUCUCUGCCAGUGACAAAGGGCCCUGGUGAUGGUGUAUAUUCUGGUUCUACCUGCAAACAAGGAGAGAUUGAAGGUGUGGUCAUUGCUACUGGUGUUCACACCUUCUUUGGGAAAGCUGCUCACCUUGUAGAUACUACAAAUCAAGUUGGUCACUUUCAAAAGGUCUUGACUGCCAUUGGGAACUUCUGCAUAUGCUCAAUUGCUGUGGGGAUGGUUAUUGAGAUUGUUGUUAUGUAUCCCAUCCAACAUCGGCGUUAUCGUCCUGGUAUUGAUAACCUCCUUGUACUUCUCAUUGGAGGAAUUCCAAUUGCCAUGCCCACAGUUUUGUCAGUGACCAUGGCCAUUGGUUCUCACAGGUUAUCUCAGCAGGGGGCUAUCACAAAAAGGAUGACAGCCAUUGAAGAAAUGGCAGGCAUGGAUGUGCUUUGCAGUGAUAAGACUGGGACUCUAACACUAAAUAAGCUUACUGUUGACAAAAAUCUUGUUGAGGUUUUUGCAAAAGGAGUGGAUCCUGAUACUGUUGUCUUGAUGGCGGCUCGAGCUUCUAGACUUGAGAAUCAAGAUGCAAUAGAUACAGCAAUAGUUGGGAUGCUGGCUGAUCCAAAGGAGGCACGUGCUGGAAUACAAGAACUACAUUUUCUUCCUUUCAAUCCUACUGAUAAGCGGACAGCAUUGACUUAUACUGAUCAAGAUGGUAAAAUGCAUAGAGUAAGCAAAGGUGCACCAGAGCAGAUCCUAAAUCUUGCACACAACAAGGCAGACAUUGAACGUCGAGUUCAUGCCGUGAUAGAUAAGUUUGCAGAGCGUGGUUUACGAUCUCUUGCUGUAUCGUACCAAGAAGUUCCAGAUGGAAGGAAAGAAAGUGCAGGAGGCCCAUGGCAAUUCAUUGGCCUUUUGCCUCUCUUUGACCCACCUAGGCAUGAUAGUGCAGAAACAAUAAGGAGGGCACUAAACCUUGGAGUAAAUGUCAAAAUGAUUACAGGGGAUCAGCUAGCUAUAGGAAAGGAAACAGGCCGUCGAUUGGGAAUGGGCACCAAUAUGUAUCCUUCAUCUGCUUUACUUGGGCAGAAUAAGGAUGAAUCCAUUGCUGCCUUACCCGUUGAUGAAUUAAUAGAAAAAGCGGAUGGGUUUGCUGGCGUAUUUCCUGAGCACAAGUAUGAGAUUGUGAAACGCUUGCAAGCUAGGAAACAUAUUUGUGGGAUGACUGGUGAUGGAGUGAAUGAUGCUCCUGCCCUCAAGAAGGCAGACAUUGGUAUAGCUGUUGCUGACGCUACUGAUGCAGCUCGUAGUGCAUCUGAUAUUGUUUUAACAGAACCUGGCCUUAGUGUUAUUAUAAGUGCUGUUUUGACCAGCCGUGCUAUCUUCCAGAGAAUGAAAAAUUAUACGAUUUAUGCAGUCUCAAUUACAAUUCGUAUUGUGCUUGGUUUCAUGUUGCUGGCUCUCAUAUGGAAGUUUGACUUUCCACCUUUUAUGGUGCUGAUUAUUGCCAUCCUAAAUGAUGGUACUAUUAUGACAAUCUCAAAAGAUAGGGUAAAACCAUCACCUCUUCCAGAUAGCUGGAAGCUAUCAGAGAUAUUUACUACCGGUGUUGUGCUUGGUAGUUACUUGGCAAUGAUGACAGUCAUAUUCUUUUGGGCUGCAUACAAAACAGAUUUCUUCCCGCGAGUGUUUGGGGUCUCGUCUCUUGAAAAAACAGCUCAUGAUGAUUUCCGAAAACUGGCCUCUGCAAUCUAUCUCCAAGUGAGCACCAUUAGUCAGGCUCUUAUAUUUGUAACUCGGUCUCGAGGCUGGUCAUAUGUGGAGCGUCCUGGUUUCUUGCUGGUGGCUGCUUUUAUUGUUGCUCAACUGAUUGCCACUUUGAUUGCGGUGUAUGCAAGCUGGAGUUUUGCUGCAAUUGAAGGAAUAGGUUGGGGUUGGGCUGGUGUAAUAUGGUUAUAUAACAUAAUCUUCUACAUCCCCCUUGAUUUCAUCAAGUUUUUAACCCGCUAUGCUUUGAGUGGAAGAGCUUGGGAUCUUGUUAUUGAGCAAAGGAUUGCUUUCACAAGACAAAAGGACUUUGGGAAAGAACAAAGGGAGCUUCAAUGGGCACAUGCACAAAGAACAUUGCAUGGACUACAACCUCCUGACUCCAAGUUCACUGAGCGUACUCAUGUCAAUGAACUCAAUCAAAUGGCAGAAGAAGCUAAAAGGAGAGCUGAAAUUGCAAGGUUGAGAGAACUUCAUACACUGAAAGGUCAUGUAGAAUCAGUUGUGAGGUUGAAGGGGCUCGACAUAGACACAAUUCAGCAAGCAUACACAGUCUGAAGAUUUGGAUAGUUAUAAUACUGUAAACUGUAAAGGGUUACAUUCUAAUGUUGCUGAGAGAAAUAUAAAUGUAAGGAUUACACUCUUAACUUUAAUAGCCUUUUACUCUGCACUCUGUUUUGAGCACUUAAAGGAGUGCUAUUAUAAGGUCAUCUAUGCAUCUUAUUUCUUGUUGUCA